AACAAUGUGUAUUCUGGAGGUAGCAUGGCAAGAAGGAAUACAUAUGUCUGUGAAAGGACCACAGAUCGAUACACAGCAUUGCAGAAUGGAAAAGACAGCAGCCUUACCGAGAUGUCUGUGAGUAGCAUAUCCUCUGCAGGCUCUUCUGUGACCUCUGCUAUUCCCUCAGCACGACCACGCCACCAGAAGUCCAUGUCUACUUCUGGUCACCCUAUUAAAGUUACACUGCCAACCAUUAAAGAUGGCUCUGAAGCUUACCGUCCUGGCAGUACAACUCAGAGAGUGCCUGCUGCUUCCCCAUCUGCUCACAGUAUUAGUGCUGCCACUCCAGAUCGGACCCGUUUUCCCCGAGGGAGCUCGAGCCGAAGCACUUUCCAUGGUGAACAGCUCCGGGAGCGACGCAGUGCUGCUUAUAAUGGGCCACCUGCUUCACCGUCCCAUGAAACGGGUGCAUUUGCACAUGCCAGAAGGGGGACGUCAACUGGUAUAAUAAGCAAAAUCACAUCCAAAUUCGUUCGCAGGGAUCCAAGUGAAGGCGAAGCCAGUGGCAGAACCGACACCUCAAGAAGUACAUCAGGGGAACCAAAAGAAAGAGACAAGGAAGAGGGUAAAGAUUCUAAGCCGCGUUCUUUGCGGUUCACAUGGAGUAUGAAGACCACUAGUUCAAUGGACCCUAAUGACAUGAUGAGAGAAAUCCGAAAAGUGUUAGAUGCAAAUAACUGUGAUUAUGAGCAAAAAGAGAGAUUUUUGCUUUUCUGUGUCCAUGGAGAUGCUAGACAGGAUAGCCUCGUGCAGUGGGAGAUGGAAGUCUGCAAGUUGCCACGACUGUCACUUAACGGGGUCCGCUUCAAGCGAAUAUCUGGGACAUCUAUUGCCUUUAAGAACAUUGCAUCCAAAAUAGCAAAUGAGCUUAAGCUGUAAAGAAACCCAAAUUUAAAGGAUCAGGGAAGAUACAUACAUAUAUGAGGUACAGGUUUUGAAUGUACUGGUAAUGCCUAAUGCGGUCCACCUGUGAAUCUCCCUAUGUAGAAUUUGCCCUUAAUGCAAUAAGGUUAUACAUAGUUAUGAACUGUAAAAUUAAAGUAUGAACUAUAAUAAAUAUCUGUAGUUUCAAAAUUAGGUUCACAUGUACAGGUAAGUAUAUUGUGUAUUUCUGUUCAUUUUCUGUUCAUAGAGUUGUAUAAUAAAACAUGAUUGCUUAAAAACGUGUAUGGUUGUCUAGAUUUCUGCACAUAAAUGUAUGUUUGAUGCUUUGAGUUGAAAGUGUUCUUCCUUAUUAUUUACAUUCUGGUGGGUUUUUUAAAUUCUUAUCUUCAUCAUGCAAUUUUGAAAAUUGUGUCCAGAAUUAAAAGUGCACAGAAAUAGUCUUUAAAAUUAUAGCAUGGACUUUUAAAAAUUAUUUUAAAAUUCUAUUUAAAUUUAAAACAGAAGCUAAUAAAUAGAUCAGUUUUAUUAUACACAGAACUAUUCCCACUCAUCUUUGCUGUUAUUCUUGUUAUUAAACAAAGUUUAGUUGAGAAGAUACAAAAUGUUCACAGUGUUGGCACUUAGAGUUUUUAAAUUGAAGUACAUGAAAAUAAUAGCUUUGCCUUGAGCUAACUAAGAAACACUGGGGGAAAAAGUUAAAUCUAUAUCCAGUUUCUUGUGAACUUCAAAGUGUUUUCCGACCCACUGCUAAUUGUAGCAGCAAAAUUUAAGAGAAACCAUACUUUAUCUGGCUAUUAUAACAUAAACCGUCACUUAAGUUUGUUGCCUUCAGAAUACCGCAAUGUGAUUGCGGGAAUAUAAUAAUAUUGGGACUGUUUCAUAGCACAAGCUCAUCGUUACAGUGUUUAUCAAUGCAUCAGUUAAGAAAUAAUGCCACCUCAGGAAUUAACUGGCAUUGGGAACAUUUGCCUCAUUCUCCUCCCAUCCUCUUCACCUACCCCUGCCACUGUAAUAUGUGUAAGUACUUAAGAGACUUGUGAGCAAAGCAUACUAUUUAUAACAGUAUAUUAUUGAUUUAUGCUUUUGUGGUUGUUCGGUUUGUGCCCAUAUAACUUGUUCGUUUUAAAUAUUUUGCCAGAUUUCUUGUAUUUAUUCCUCAUCAUUAUGCCUAUAAUGUGCAGCUUUGUAAUUGGGCAUUUGCCUAUUUUUCUUUCAUAAUUAGUGAUAUAUGCUAUGUAAAACCCCUAGUAAAGGUACAUUUUAAUACUUGUUAUUUUAUACUGAAUUAGCCUUGGAGGUUGACUGUGCAAUGUUAUUUAAUGUUGUAAUUACUGUAAUAUCAACAUAUGGGCCCCAUCUGCACACGCCUGAGAAAUAGAAACUGUAUUCGAAUUUUAUCAGUUUAAAGAAAAAUAAAGCUGUGAUAAAUACUGUAAUUCUAACCUACAUUAGAAAGCGCUAAGUGUAGGUGGCGUGCCAUUCCAUAAUGGCUUCCAGAAUAGGAUGAAUUUUACAUUCUGUACUGUACUGUGAUGUCACUUUCUUCUGUAACAGUUCUGUUCUAAAAUGAAGUGUAUUUUUUUGCCUUAGCAAAGGGUGGUGUUUGGGGAAAAAAAGUGUAGCCCCUUUUUAACCUAGUGUUCAUUCAAAAAAAUUGAUGCAAAUCUUUAUUCACUUUCACUGGUGCACACUGAAAUUUUACUUGAACAAUUCUCAUAAUAAAGCACUUGUCUUUUGCUCUUUAUCAGAAUGUGAAUUACCUGUUUUCUAGUAUAAAAAUAUUCUGUAUGAAGAGUUUUUUGUAUGUGUCCUAAAUUUAGUUGUCAAGGGGUGAAGCUAUGUAGGUUUUCUAGGUGUCAUUAUGACAUAAUAAUUUAAUCUUUUUAUGGGAAUUCCUAUGGUUGAAAUACAUUUGAAAAAAUAAACCUCAUGCCUUUUCCAAGGUAGAAAUG